AUGCAGUAUAUCAUCCUCGCCCUGGCCACAGCCGCAUCCUUCGCUUCAGCACAAAGCUCUGUCAGCACACCCUCGGCCAGCGCAUCCCCUACUGGCGCUGUGGUCCCAGUCGGCGGCAACUGCACCCCAGGUAUCACACAAUGUGCCCUCGGCUCAUCAUGCUACGCUACAAACUCCAUGCUCCAACCUCGAUGUGGUAACUUCCAAGCCACAUGCACAAGCGACCAGCAGUGCGCCUUCAAUACUUGCAAUCUGCAGCAGGGUCUCUGCAACGGGUUCCUGUCGUCCUCCUCGUCGUCCUCGGCGUCCUCGGCGCCAGCGACUAUCACAAGCACUCCGGCUGGCGGAUACUCUCCCGCUCCGUCAUCGACAGUUACUGCGCCUGCCGGUUCUUUGCCGAUCGGUGCAGAAUGUAAUGCUCUUGCAAAUCCGAGCCAGUGCGUGGCUGGUGUGCAGUGCUGGGCAAGUAACUCGGGGUUGAUCGCAAGGUGUGGAAACUUCAAUGCUGCAUGUUCGAGCAAUGCGCAGUGUGCUUACAACACCUGUAACAAUGGACUUUGCAACGGCUUCCUCCCGUCGAGUGCGGGAAAUGUCACGAUGACCGUCUACCCGACUGGAAGCUCUAGGCCUAUUGGAAGUGCGACGCAGACUGGCAGUGCCACAGCAACGACUAGUAUGGCGCAGUUUACUGGUGCUGCAUCAGUCGUCAAGGUGGCAAAUGGUGUGAUUGCGGUUGUGUUCGGCGCUGUUGCUUGGGUGUUGUAG